AUGUUGAUAUUGAAAGUGUUGAGGAAAAGCUUGGUCAAAGAGAUGAACUUUAAGGAGUACCUUACAUGUGACAAGACUGAUGGAGAAAUGGAAGGAUUUAGGAAGGGAAUUCUGGAGCUUGAUGUUGAGGCAGCUAAAGAGAUAGAUGUUGUAUCAAUGGCUGAUUCUACCAUAACAGUGGAUGACAUUGAAGAUGAACUUUUUAAAAUUGAAAGGAUAAGAGAUAUCCUGGUUAGAAGAGAAUCUGAACUCCGGUACAUGAUGGACGAUAUACAACUGUGUAAGGAAAUAACCCAGUUUAAGAAAGAGUUGCAAAAACUGGUAUCAAUCCCAGAUAAGGACAAAUCGAAUGAAGAUAAACAGAAGGAAGAAGAAUUAUUGCAACGGAUCCAUAAGCUGGUGGAGACGAGAGAUUUCCUUGUGGAUGAUGUUGAAUUUGAACGGUUGAGAGAAAGAGAGGAAGAUAAAGAAAUGUCUGAUUUCCUGCAGGCGAAGUUAUCAAAGGCCAGCUCGAGAAAGACAAAUGCUGCGAAGGAAAGGAGAAUGACAUCGAGAGCACAGCAGACAUCUACACCUUUCAUGGCAAAGACUGGGCUGACCCUACUGAAGGAAUGCUGUGGAUUCACCUGCUCCAUUAUGUAA